AAAUUGUUAUGAUAGUACGAAUAUAAUUGGAACGAAUCCAGAUUGCUUGGAGACGCGGCCAUAUUGGAAGUACACAACUUUGUAGCGUCCUUGUAAACAUAAAAGAUAUAAUAAGAUUGGAGGACUACAUCGUCUUCAAGAUAUCAUAGGUCUAAAAGGAAACCAUAAUGGCAAGUAGGGCCAGCAGAAGCUCUCAAGGGGGCAAACCCUUUUCUGCAAAUAGAUCAAAUACUGCCCUUAGUAGGACAGGAGCAUCAGGGCAAAGAUACCCAGAAAUUAAACAGAGAGGAUAUUACUCAGAUAUCAUAGGAGCAGAUAAUGAUGUACACGGGGAAGAUAUAUUAAGUGGCCCACCGACAGCUCAUGACACGCAUUGGAAUGUUGCCAAAGAAAAACAUACACCAAAAGUGACAGCUUUUGCUACAAGUGGUGAUUUGUCACAAGUGGUGAAGAGUCAGUCCUAUGGACCCACAACAGAAAUAACAGACAUUUCUGACUUUCCAGUGAAAGCUUCAGAACCAAAAGUUCAACUGCCAUUCUACACAAAACCAGGAGAGUGUCCUCGUAAAAUUGAAAUAGAAAGAAAGAGGAGGCUAUAUUCAACAUUGAGUUUACCAGAAUUAUUGAAAGAAGAGAACAUUCAGACUGAACUACUGAUGCCAAAAGAGCAAUCAGGGGAACCAAUAGAACUGAACAAGAAUCCGGAGGAUCCGGCACCUUUUCCGCCGUUUCUUCCAUUACACAUCUUCGAUAAUGAAGAAUUUGAUUGCCGUACCCCAGAGGAGUGGAUCAAUAUGGGUUUGGAGGGUGGUGUGCGUAAACCCUGCCCAGGUGUUGCAUUGUUGCCAAAGAAAGAUUCAGAUGCAAAUUUGGCACCUACAGAUCCAAGCAUUGUGUAUGAUUGGUUUAACAUUGGGGUGUUGGACUAUGACAGUGAAUCUCAACAGUAUUUAGUACAGAAGACAAACAGACAGGGACGAGUCGUUGAUUCCACAGGGAAUGCUAUUGUCAACGGAGGGAAGCAGCCUGAUGGCUCAAGAAUUACUACAGCAUCACAAUAUUGGGUACCAAGAGUAAGGUUGAUGUUUAAUGCGGAGGAUCCACGUGUUUUCACACAGCGUGUAGCUGAAGCGUUCAGACUGAGGAAGAAUACUGAGGCUCUUCUCAGAUAUAACUUAUAUAUAGACUGUAUGCCAAUGGAUGGUGUUGGCGAACUUGACCAGGCCUCACUGAAAAGAAUGGUUGAAUGGGCAAGAACGGCCCCAGGAUUGUCUAAAGAUAAAGGACUUGAAGAUGGAAUUCAGGCCCUUGAAAAGGAGGCUAACAUUGACUUCUGUAGAUCUAUGAACAGGAUAAUCUUUGACAAAAUCAUUGAACAAGAUAACUCGACAUUUGCUUUUGUGUCCGUACCAGCUGUUGAGGAAAAACCUGUACCAUUCAAAGCUUGCAGUACAGAUGUACCUGAGUAUGAUUAUGAUGGAGUGUAUGAUGCAUUUGCUUUUAACUCCCUACUGACACGAGUUGAGAGCAUUAAAGCUACAGGAACAGUGGCCAUUGAGUGUAAUGAAGUGGCUAACAAGUGCCUUUAUCACGUUCCUACAACCAAACCAAUGAGGAUUGAAGAGUUUGAACAGACACAAGCCCAAGUGACCUCACAGGUUGCCUUAUUCUUGAAAGAUUCAUGGAUCUCAACAUUGCGGGCUGCCAUCAGAACUAAGCUGCGGGAUGUUGGCAAGGGUUGGUUCAACAUACAUGAAACAAACUUUGAAGUAUACCAGAUCUCUAAGCUGAAGAAAUUUAUGGAGAUGGUGAAAUUUAUGAUGCAGGACUCUAUGAGAUUUCUGGUACAGAAUUCCCUGUACUCAUUCACUCAGAUGAUACUAGAUGCCUGUCACUCCACAAUGAAGCUAGAGGAAGACUUUGUGUGGGGAACUGAUGUCAUUUCUAGUCCAUACAAACCAAAGAGAAAUGCCUUGUUUCUGGUGGAUCUACAGUUAGAUAAUACUGGUGUACACUACAGUACCAACAUCAAUACCUUUGAAUCAUCCCUUGUUGGAUUGUUUGACAAGGGUAUACAAUCUACACAGAAUGUACCACAACUUGAGAAGUACAUCCUUGAGGACAUUUUCUGGUCAGGAACACCUCUGCUAGAAUCUGUUGGUGAACAUGAGCCACAUGUUGAGGAACUACGUGAUAGUAUCAAACAUGCCAUCAGGAAAGCUCUCAUACCAAUGAAAGCUUAUGCUAGAGAGUAUGAGAAACAUCUUGAGAUUAUGAACCUUGACAUUAACCAGUAUAUCAGGGACUAUGAAGCUCAGGAACAUACAGCUCUGGAAGUCAAACAAGAAGUUGAAAUGCAUCUGAAAGAGAAAGACAUCAUAGAAGCAACAAUACCUAGCAAUCUGACCAUUGGUCCAUUCUGGAUCAACACUGACUCAGUGAGACAAAACCUGUCUAAAAAACGCAAGAAUCUCAGCAAUGCCGUCCUGGAAUACCUUGCUAAACAUCUUAGAAAACAGGCUGAUGAGGCGUGUGAAGAGUUUAAGGCAAUCAGUCGUAAACUGUAUGACAAGUGUAACUGUAUUGAGGAACUGUCAGACAUGAGAGAAUGGAUGAAGUCUAUCCCAGAAAAACUCAAAGAACAUCAGGAUUUGAUUGACAAAGCCAUGGAUGACUAUGAAUUGAUUGAAGACUUCUACUAUAAUUUGUCCACAGAUGACUUCAAUCUCAAAUGGACUGCGAUAGGGUGGCCACAUAAGAUCGAGGUACAGAUGGAACAAACAUACAACCAGUUAGAAGAGGAUGAAGAGAGAUUCAGAAAACUCCAGACAUCUGACCAGGCCAACUUUAACGACAGGCUUGACACCUUACAGAUGGUGGUUGCUGGUAUGGCUGCCCACAGUGACAUUAGCAAAGGUCAUGAGAUAGCUAAUGAAGUGAGAAGGGUUGCUAAGCAACUGAAAGAAGCCCAAGGUCUGGCCGGCACAUAUAAUAACAGAGAGAGAUUGUUUGGCAUGCCUGUAACUAACUAUGACAAGCUGGGAAAGCUUGUGAAGGACUUUGAGCCUUUCCGUAACCUCUGGGUCACCACAUCUGACUGGAUGAGAUGGCAUGAGUCGUGGAUGAACGAUCCAUUGACCUCGAUAAAUGCUGAGGAGUUGGAGAAGAAUGUGAAUGAAGCCUACAAAACAAUGCACAAGUCUGUUAAAGUCUUUAAUGAUAUUCCAAGUGUUCAACAAGUGGCACAGGAGAUCAAGGGCAUGAUUGAAGAGUUCAAACCGUUUAUUCCACUCAUCCAAGGUCUACGUAAUCCUGGUAUGAGGAGCAGACAUUGGGACCAGUUGUCCAACGAGCUUGGAUUCUCUGUUGUACCGAAGGCUAAUUUGACAUUCAGUAAAUGUCUGGAGAUGAACCUCAAUGAUCACAUUCAAACAAUUGCCAAGGUUGCCGAGGUAGCUGGCAAGGAAUACUCCAUUGAACAGGCUCUUGAUAAGAUGGAGAAAGAAUGGGAUCCAGUACAGUUUGAGAUUAUGGCAUACAAGGAGACAGGCACUUACAUUCUCCGUUCCUCUGAGGAUACGUCACAGCUGCUUGACGAUCACAUUGUCAUGACACAGAGUAUGUCGUUCUCACCAUACAAGAAACCAUUCGAGGAACGAAUCAACAACUGGGAAAACAAACUUACAACUACACAGGAUGUGCUUGAUGAAUGGUUGAACUGCCAGAGGGCGUGGUUGUACCUGGAGCCUAUUUUUAGCUCGGAGGAUAUCAACAGACAGCUGCCAGUAGAGAGUAAGAGAUAUGCUACCAUGGAACGUAUGUGGAGGAAAAUCAUGAAGAAUGCUAAGGAAAAUCCACAGGUUAUCUCCCUUUGUCCAGACAGCCGUCUCCUUGACAACCUGAAGGAAUGCAACAAAUUGUUGGAACAAGUGCAGAAAGGUCUUAGUGAGUACCUGGAGACGAAACGUAAUGCCUUCCCAAGAUUUUACUUCCUGUCUGACGAUGAAUUGCUCGAGAUUCUCUCACAGACCAAGGAUCCAACAGCUGUACAGCCUCAUCUUAGAAAGUGCUUCGAGAAUAUUGCCAGGCUUCGUUUUGAGGAUGAUUUACAGAUUACACGUAUGUACUCCGGUGAAGGUGAGGAAGUUGAGUUCCGUGGUAAGAAGUUGUAUCCAACAGGCAAUGUGGAGGACUGGAUGUUGGAGAUUGAGAACUGUAUGAAAGACAGUCUUAGAAUCAUCAUCAUGGAGAGUAUAGUAGACUAUGAAAAGGUACCUAGAACAGAAUGGGUGUUGAAAUGGCCAGGUCAGGUGGUAUUGGCAGGCUGUGGAGUAUAUUGGGCAAAACAUGUAACGCAAGCCCUUGAAAAGAAAGCUCUACCUGAAUAUUUCAAGGAGGAGAUUUUACCACAGCUUAAUGACUUAAGAGAACUUGUGAAUCAGAAAAUAUCCAAGAUUGGACGUAUGACAUUAUCAGCUUUGAUUGUGAUAGAAGUGCACGCCAGAGAUGUGAUCAUUAACAUGUUGGAUAAUAACGUAGAAAACGUCAAUGACUUUGAAUGGAUCAGUCAACUGAGAUACUACUGGCAUGAUGAAAAUUUGUAUAUUCGCGCUGUAAAUGCAGAGUUUCCGUACGGCUAUGAGUACCUUGGUAACACAAUGAGACUUGUUAUUACACCACUCACUGACAGAUGUUAUCUUACACUUACUGGUGCCCUGCAUCUGAAGUUCGGAGGGGCUCCAGCAGGGCCUGCUGGAACAGGAAAGACAGAAACAACAAAGGAUUUAGCAAAGGCUAUGGCCAUUCAGUGUGUGGUUUUCAACUGUUCUGACCAGCUAGAUUUCAUGGCUAUGGGCAAGUUCUUCAAAGGUCUUGCUAGUGCCGGAGCAUGGGCUUGUUUUGACGAGUUCAAUCGUAUAGAUAUUGAAGUAUUGUCAGUGGUAGCCCAACAGAUUACCACUAUUCAGAAAGCUCAACAACAGAGGGUGGACAGAUUUGUGUUUGAAGGGGUGGAGCUUCCAUUGAAGGCAUCUUGCUCUGUGUUUAUCACAAUGAACCCUGGUUAUGCUGGUAGAACUGAGCUUCCUGACAAUCUUAAGGCUUUGUUUCGACCAGUAGCUAUGAUGGUACCGGACUAUGCACUGAUUGCUGAAAUCAGUUUGUUCUCUUUUGGUUUCUCUGAAGCCAAACAACUUGCAAAGAAGAUUGUCUCUACCUUCAAACUGUCUUCAGAACAGCUCAGUUCUCAGGACCAUUAUGAUUUUGGUAUGAGAGCAGUAAAAUCUGUAAUCUCUGCUGCCGGUAACCUCAAGAGACAGUACUUUGACAUGGAUGAGGAACUGAUUGCCCUGAGAGCCAUUAGAGAUGUCAAUGUACCCAAGUUCUUGGUUGAUGACUUGAAACUGUUUAAUGGUAUUGUGUCAGAUCUCUUCCCCAACAUCAAGGAGCAGCCUAUAGAUUAUGGUACUCUGGAUGAAUACUUGAGAAAAUCUUGUCCAAAACUGGGAAUCAAGGAUGUUGAAGGUUUUAUCAACAAGUGUAUACAGUUGUUUGAAACCACAGUGGUACGUCACGGUCUUAUGUUGGUUGGUCCAACCGGAUCUGGUAAAACAAAGUGCUACGAGACAUUGAAAAUGGCACAGACAGCCCUUGCAGGCCAGUUGUCACCUGCAGGUUUCACGUUCACACCUACACAUUCAUAUGUUCUUAACCCGAAAUCUAUCACCAUGGGUCAGCUAUACGGAGAGUUUGAUGCCCUUACCCAUGAAUGGACUGAUGGUAUUCUGUCAACCCUCAUUCGUGGCGGUUCAUCAGCAACAAAUGAGGACAAGCGUUGGUACGUGUUUGACGGCCCUGUAGAUGCCGUCUGGAUCGAGAACAUGAACACAGUACUUGAUGACAAUAAGAAGUUGUGUCUCAGCAGUGGAGAAAUCAUCAAGCUUACUGAUCACAUGACGAUGAUGUUUGAAGUAGCUGAUUUAGCAGUAGCCUCCCCUGCCACAGUGAGCAGAUGUGGUAUGGUAUACCUGGAACCUAGCUAUAUCGGACUGCCACCAUUUGUAGAAUGCUGGCUGAGAACCAUUCCUGAAAAUAUCUAUCAAUAUAAAGAAAAAUUACAGGAAUUAUUCGACAAAUUCAUGGAGCCUGCCAUUGAUUUUGUGCGACACAAUGUCCGUGAGAUAGUGGGAACCGUAGAUUGUAACCUGGUCUUCAGUUUCCUCAAAUUACUGGAGUGUUUCUUCACACCAUUCAUGCCAAAAGAGGCUUUGAUGAUAAAAAAGUCCGAAGCGAAUGUAUCAGGAAAAGUUGGGGAGAAGCCCAUACCAGCAGAGAGACUUGCUCGUAUUGAGGAACUGAUUGAACCAUGGUUUAUAUUUGCCUUGGUAUGGUCCAUUGGUAUGACUGGAGACCAUGAUAGUCAGCUCAAGUUCUCAAAAUGGAUCAAGGAGAAAAUGAAGGCAGAAGGGAUCAAGAUGUUAUACCCAGAAGAGGAAAAUGUUUUUGCUUACAACCUAGAUGAUGCAGGUAUCAGCAGCUCAGAAAGUGAUGACGCCCUUGACGAUGAUGAGAAAGGCGAGAGGAAGAUUCAGUGGAUUGGUUGGAUGGAGGGUAGAGAGGUCUUCAAUAUUCCACCUGAGACCAAGUUCUCAGACAUUAUUGUGCCUACCAUUGACACUGUGAGGAGUUCACACCUUCUAGAAAUGUUGCUUGUCAACAAAAAAACUGUUUUGUCCAUAGGUCCAACGGGUACUGGUAAAACACUGACAAUUGCUGAUAAAUUGUCAAGAUACAUGCCAAAAGAAUUCAUCCCAGAUUUCAUUGUGUUCUCAGCCAAGACGAGUGCUAACCAGACCCAAGAUCUCAUUGAUGGAAAGCUUGAUAAGAGACGUAAAGGAGUGUUUGGCCCACCUCUCGGAAAGUACUUUGUGUUCUUUAUUGAUGACUUGAACAUGCCUGCCCUGGAAACUUACGGUGCUCAGCCGCCCAUUGAGCUUAUCAGGCAGUACUUGGACUUCAAGGGAUGGUACGACAGGAAAGCUAUUGGUGAGUUCCGACGUCUGGUUGAUGUGAACUUUGUUUGUGCUAUGGGGCCACCUGGUGGAGGUCGUAACCCAACAACUGCCCGUCUGCUGAGACAUUUCAACUUCCUGGCAUUCACUGAAAUGGAGGACAGCAGUUUGAUGAACAUCUUUGGAUGCAUUUUGAAAUCAUGGAUAAGUCAGAAUGCAGGUAUAUCUGGACAUUGUAACAAGCUGACUCAAAUGACUAUUGCUGUUUAUAACACCAUCAGUACACAGCUGCUGCCCACACCUGCCAAGUCUCAUUACACCUUCAACUUGAGAGAUCUGUCCAAGGUGUUCCAGGGUAUUCUUAUGGCAGAGCCAGGAAAACUUGAUGGAGUUCCAUCAUUGUUGAGAUUGUGGUACCACGAAUCAUGCCGAGUGUUCCAGGAUCGUCUGGUCAACGAUGAGGACAGGAACUGGUUUGAUAACCUGCUUAGAGAAAAGAUGAAGUCAGACUUUGAUGCAAAAAUAGAUGAAGUUAUCAACCUGGAGCCCAUUCUGUACGCUGAUUUGUUGUCAGCAAAUGUUGAAAACAAAAUCUAUUGUGAAGUUACAGAUCAUCUUAAGUUACAAAAGACAUGUGAAGAUAUGUUAGAUGACUACAACCAGAUCAACACGGCACAAAUGAACCUCGUGUUAUUUAUGGACGCUCUCAAACACGUAUGUCGUAUCAGUCGUGUUAUCAGACAGCCCCUGGGUAACGCCCUGUUACUGGGUAUGGGAGGCUCGGGACGUCAGAGUUUGACAAGACUUGCCGCUCAUAUGGCUGACUAUGAGUGCAUACAGAUAGAACUGGCCAAGAACUAUGGAACAAAUGAAUGGCGUGAAGAUUUGAGAAAAGUCAUGAUGAAAGCUGGACUCGAGAAUAACCCAACAGUAUUCUUGUUCAGUGACACACAGAUCAAGAGUGAGUCAUUCUUGGAGGAUUUGAAUAACAUCUUGAACGCUGGUGAUGUGCCGAAUAUAUACGGUUUUGAUGAGCAGGACCAGAUUUACACGGCCAUGAAACCCAUCUGUCUAGACGCAGGCCUUAUACCAACCAAAACCAACCUGUUUUCAAUGUACACAAAGCGUGUAAGAAGCAACUUGCAUACUGUGAUCACUAUGAGUCCACUUGGUGAGAUAUUCCGUGCUAGACUGCGUCAGUUCCCUGCCCUCGUCAACUGUUGUACAAUUGACUGGUUUAGUGAAUGGCCAGCAGACGCUUUGAAAUCUGUUGCCCUGAAAUUCCUGCAAGAUAUUCCUGAGCUGGAUACCACAGACGAAGUCAUGGAUGGUUUGGUGACAUUGUGCCAGGUCAUUCAUCAGUCGGUUGCGACCAACUCAAUCAAGUAUUUGGCAGAGAUGUCAAGACACAAUUACGUGACACCAACAAGUUAUUUGGAGUUGCUUGGAAUCUUCUCCAAACUUGUCGGAAUGAAGAAAAUGGAACUGAACACAUCUAAAAAUAGAUUAAAGACUGGUUUAGAGAAGCUGCUUACAACAGCAGAAGAAGUAGACAAACUCCAGGAAGAGUUGGCCACAAUGAAACCUUUGUUAGAGGAAGCUGUGAAAGAAUCCAUUGCAACCAUGGAGACAAUCUCCAAGGACAGUGUAAUUGCAGAGGAAACAAAAUCUGUGGUACAAACUGAGGAAGCUGCGGCCUCCAUAAAGGCUACAGAAACACAAGCCAUUGCAGAUGAUGCCCAGAGAGAUCUUAAUGAAGCUUUGCCUGCUCUGGAUGCUGCUGUUGCCAGUUUAAAGUCCCUGAACAAGAAUGAUGUUGUUGAAGUAAGAGCUAUGCAGCGUCCACCAGAUGGUGUAAAGAUGGUCAUUGAAGCUGUCUGUAUCAUGAAGGGCGUUAAACCAAAGAGAGUAGCUGGAGACAAGCCAGGAUCGAAGAUAGACGACUACUGGGAACCAGGCAAAGCUCUACUGGCAGACCCUGGUAGAUUCCUUGAAAGUUUGUUCAAGUUUGACAAGGACAAUAUUCCAGACUCUGUAAUCAAACUUAUCCAGCCUUACAUAGAUGACGAGUCAUUCACACCUGCUGCUAUCGCCAAAGUCUCCAAGGCUUGUACUUCUAUAUGCAUGUGGACAGGAGCUAUGCACAAGUACCACUUCGUAGCUAAAGGAGUCGCACCCAAACGUGAACGUCUUCGAAUCGCUUCUGAGGAGUUGGCCGAGACACAGCGUGUCUUAGCUGCAGCUAAGGCAAGGCUGGCCGAAGUUGAAGAAGGUAUUGCAACCCUGCAGGCCAAGUACGAAGACUGUGUUAGGAAGAAGGAUGAGUUGGAGCAGAAAUGUGCGGAGUGUGAAGGACGCCUUGUCAGAGCUGACAAACUGAUUGGUGGAUUAGCUGAUGAGAAAGAAAGAUGGAAGGAGUCUGUACAGAAGCUUGAGUCAGUCAUUAACAACUUUGUAGGGGAUGUAAUGGUGUCCUCAGGAUAUGUAGCAUAUCUUGGAACUUUCACUGGCAAGUAUAGACACAGUAUGCAAGAGGAAUGGGUGGCAGCUAUUGAUACAAACAAAGUACCGCGCACAGAUGAACCUACGUUGAUAGCCACUCUUAGUGAUCCAGUAAAGGUGCGCAGCUGGCAGAUUCAUGGUCUACCGAAGGACAACUUGUCCGUGGAGAACGGUGUAAUUGUACAAUACUCUCGUAGAUGGCCCCUCUUCAUUGAUCCACAGGGGCAAGCAAACAGAUGGGUGAAAAAUAUGGAAAAAGACAAUGGACUUGAUGUAAUUAAGUUGUCUGACAAAGAUUUCUUACGUAGUUUGGAGAAUGCAGUCAGGUUUGGUAAACCAUGUCUUCUAGAGAACAUACAGACAGAGUUAGACCCUGCUCUUGAACCAAUCUUGCUUAGACAGACAUUCAAGCAACAAGGUAGCACUGUGAUCAAGCUAGGUGAUGCUGUCAUUCCAUACCACGAUGAUUUCAAGUUCUACAUCACAACCAAGUUACCUAACCCCCAUUACACACCAGAGGUCUCCACUAAAGUCUCUAUUGUCAACUUUACCCUAUCACCAAGUGGUCUAGAGGACCAGAUGUUGGGUAUAGUGGUAGCUGAGGAGAGACCUGACUUGGAGGAGGCCAAGAACCAGCUGAUUGUCAGCAAUGCUAAGAUGAAGCAAGAGUUGAAGGAGAUUGAGAACAAGAUUCUAUAUAGACUGAGUACCUCCGAGGGUAGUCCUGUAGAUGAUAUAGAUCUUAUUAAUACCCUCGAGGCCUCAAAGAUCAAGUCAAUGGAAAUUUCUGCUAAAGUGUUGGUAGCUGAACAGACUGAAAAAGACAUUGAUAUAACCAGAAUGCAGUAUGUCCCCGUAGCCGUGAACACCCAGAUCUUGUUCUUCUGUGUGGCUGACAUGGCCAACAUUGAUCCUAUGUACCAGUACUCCCUGGAAUGGUUUGUCAAUAUUUUCCUUGGUGGAAUCAGCAAUGCGGAACGAGCAGACAAUCUUGCACAGAGAGUAGAAAACAUCAACAAAUAUUUCACAUUCAGUCUGUACAGUAAUGUAUGCCGAUCAUUGUUUGAGAAACACAAGCUCCUGUUUGCCUUCCUUCUGUGUACGCGUAUCAAACAGUACAAUAAUCUCAUUGAUAUGGAAGAGUGGCGUUUCUUCCUGGCAGGAGGUACGAUCAAACCAAAGAAUAUUGAGAAUCCAUCUCCAGAUUGGAUAUCUUCUCGUUCCUGGAACGAUAUCUUAACAUCCGGUGUAUUACCCAAGUUUGCAAACUUUGCAGAUGACUUUAAGAACCAUUUGGAUGGCUUUAAGAAAAUAUUUGACAGUCCUGAACCACACAGGGAGCCGUUACCAGGCAGCUGGGAUACUGAUCUAGAUCCCUUCCAGAAAAUGAUUGUCCUGAAAUGUUUGAGAAUGGACAAAAUUACUGAGGCCAUGCAGGACUAUGUAGCUGCAAGUCUUGGACAGAGAUUUAUUGAACCUCAGACAGCAGAUUUACAUCUGGUAUUCAAGGAUUCAUCACCAACCACACCACUGAUCUUUGUGCUGUCGACAGGUACCGACCCUGCGGCAGAUCUCUACAAAUUUGCUGAGGAGAUGAGAUUUGGCAAGAAACUCAGCGCCAUCUCUCUUGGACAGGGUCAGGGACCCCGUGCUGAAGCCAUGAUGAGGAGUGCUAUGGAGCGUGGUAAAUGGGUGUUCUUCCAGAACUGUCACUUGGCUCCAAGUUUCAUGCCUUCCUUAGAAAGAAUGAUUGAACAGAUUGAUCCAGACAAGGUGCACCGAGAUUUUCGAUUGUGGUUGACCAGUAUGCCCAGCGCCAAGUUCCCGGUGUUCAUUCUACAGAAUGGUUCUAAAAUGACUGUUGAACCUCCACGUGGUCUCAAGGCGAAUCUUCUCAAGAAUUAUUCCAAUUUCAGUGACGAUUUCUUCAACACUACUGGAGAAAAGAAGAAAGAUGUUGAAACAGAUUCAGAAGAAAAAGAAAAAUUUAGUGUACAUGAGUUCAAACACUUGCUGCUGUGCAUUGCCUUCUUCCACGGUUGCGUACUUGAGAGAAGGAAGUUUGGAGCGCUCGGUUUCAACAUUCCGUAUGAAUUCACAGAUGGUGAUUUUAGAAUCUGUGUCAGUCAGUUGAAGAUGUUCUUGACAGAGUACACGCACAUUCCAUUUAAAGUAUUGGUAUACACAGCUGGACAUAUCAAUUACGGAGGUCGUGUAACGGACGACUGGGACAGACGUUGCAUGAUGAGCAUUCUGGGAGACUUCUAUUGCAAGGACUCCCUCGAUGAGGAGCACAAGUACUCGGAGUCAGGGAUUUAUCGCCAGAUAUCCACAUCCAUGGACCAUAAUGGUUACAUGCAAUAUUUAAGAAGUUUGCCUAUUAACGACACACCAGAAAUAUUCGGACUCCACGAGAACGCAAAUAUUACAUUUGCCCAGAAUGAGGCUUUCACCCAGCUUGAGGCUUUACUGAAGCUUCAGCCAAAGACUGCCAGCGGUGGCGGAAAAUCACGAGAAGAGAUUAUGGAAGAAACUGCCAAGAGAAUUUUGGGCCAGGUACCAAAACCAUUUGACCUGGAAUUAGUGAUGAAAAACUACCCAGUAAUGUACGAACAGUCCAUGAACACUGUGCUCAUUCAAGAAGUUAUCAGGUAUAAUCGUCUGCUUAGCACAGUGCACAAGAGUUUGAAUGACAUUCUGAAGGCAUUGAAAGGUUUGGUGGUAAUGUCCCAGGAACUUGAAGACAUGUCUAUAUCACUCUUCAACAAUAUGGUACCCAACAUGUGGGCUAAAAAGGCAUAUCCAUCAUUGAAACCUCUGGCAUCAUGGGUGUUGGAUUUAGUGUCAAGAGUCAAGUUCAUCCAGACAUGGAUUAAUGAUGGUCUACCAACUGUUUACUGGAUCUCGGGAUUCUUCUUCCCACAAGCUUUCCUGACUGGUACCCUGCAGAACUUUGCCAGACAAAAAGUCAUCUCUAUUGAUACAAUCACAUUUGGCUUCCAGGUGAUGAGAGAAAAGGUGGAAGAGCUUAAGGAACCACCAGCUGAUGGCUGUUACAUCAAUGGUCUAUUUGUAGAGGGUGCACGCUGGGACUAUAUCCAUCAUCAACUAACUGAGUCCAGACCCAAGGAGCUGUACACAGACUUACCUAUACUCUGGCUCAAACCAGAGGCAAACCGGAAAAUACCAGAAUCUGGAAUCUAUGAUUGCCCAUGCUACAAGACUCUUACUAGAGCUGGUACUUUAUCAACAACUGGACAUUCUACCAACUUCGUCUUCUCCGUGGAAUUACCAACAGACAAGCUUCAGAAGCAUUGGAUCAAGAGAGCUGUUGCCCUGCUUACUGCUCUCAACUAUUAGAACAUUAUACAUUUGGUCCCCGGCUUUUCAAUUUUCAAAGUGAUACAUAUAUUUUUGUGACAUUUCUAUAUAUGUGAACUACAAGUGAAUAACACAUCCGUGCCUUAGUCCACCUUUAACCAGAAAUAUUUAUUGCGGCCAUUUCCAAGAACAGAAAUGUAUUGGGUCUUUUUCUUGAAACCAUGUGAAUUUUUUUCCCCCAUAGAACCAUGUGACUUUGUGAAAUAAAAAAGAACAAUAUGUGACGGAAUUAACCAUGGACAUCAUCCACAGGAUUUGUUACUUUUGAAAUUGAAAAAAUGGCAUAAUUUAUAUGUACGUUUUUACGUAUAUCUAAAUAUUGUAUAGUUCCGUGAUUCAUUCAGUAAGGACAGUCAGGUGAAUUUUUUACCAUAUGUACUCCAUGCA